ACCAGACCGGGACGGUGACGGUCCCGCCGAGAGCCGCCGCCACGCCAUGGAGCAGCCGCAAAGACUAAAGGAAGAGAAGGAGGCAAAACGCGCUUCUUUGGAUGCCAGGCAUGAUUACUUAUUUUCCAUAAUAGCAACCUGUACAGGCCUGAACAAAAAGGAAGUGGAAGAUGCCAUUCUUGAUGGGAACCAGAUUGAACGUGUUGAUCAGCUUUUUGCUGUGGGAGGCCGUCGCCACCUCAUGUUUUAUUAUCAGGAUGUGGAAGCAGCAGAGGCAGGCCAACUUGGUGCUGCAGGUGGAGUCAGUCCUUCUGGAAAGAUAAAGAAACCCAAGGUGUUUGUGACUGAGGGAAGAGACGUCGCUCUGACUGGGUUGUGUCUGUUCUUCAUCAGGACCGAUAGUUCCAAAGCCAUUACCCCUGAGAACAUCCAUCGGGAGGUGACCUUUAACAUGAUGGACACUGCAGAUGGGGGUCUUCUUAAUAGUGUGAGAAGUUUGCUGUCAGAUAUCUUCCUUCCUGCUCUUAGGGCCUCCAGCCAUGACUGGAGUGAGCUGGAGGGUCUUCAAGAAGCUUCCAGCAUUCGUCAGGAGUUCCUAAACUCUCUAGAAGGCUUUGCGAGUGUGCUGUUGAGUGCACAGGAGAGCCUGAAGGAGAAGGUGACCUUUCAGAAGUGUGACAUUUUUGAAUUGAAAACCUUGAAGGAACUGACAGACUACUUGAGUCUAGCUAAUAAUCCUGAGACUUUGGAAAAAAUAGAAGGUUGCAUGAAAGUAUGGAUCAAGCAAACGGAACAGGUUCUUGCUGAAAACAAUCAGUUGCGAAAAGAAGCAGAUGACCUUGGACCCCGAGCAGAGUUGGAGCACUGGAAGAAGAGACUUUCCAAGUUUAAUUACCUUUUGGAUCAGUUGAAAAGCCCGGAUGUGAAAGCUGUGUUGGCAGUGCUUGCUGCUGCCAAGUCCAAGCUUCUCAAGAUUUGGCGGGAAGUAGAUAUCCGAGUCACUGAUGCAGCUAAUGAAGCCAAGGACAAUGUCAAAUAUCUGUACACACUGGAAAAAUGCUGUGACCCCUUAUACAGCAACGACCCUAGAUCUAUGAUUGAUGCUAUUCCUACACUAAUAAAUGCAAUUAAAAUGAUUUAUAGUAUCUCUCAUUAUUAUAACACCUCUGAAAAGAUCACAUCUUUGUUUGUGAAGGUGACCAAUCAGAUGAUCUCCGCAUGUAAAGCUUAUAUUAAUGACAAUGGGACAAAUUCCAUCUGGAGUCAGCCCCAAGAUGUUGUGGUGGAAAAAAUUUUAUCUGCAAUUAAACUUAAGCAGGAAUACCAGCACUGCUUUCAGAAGACCAAACAAAAGCUUCAACAAGAUCUGAAUGAAAAACAAUUUGAAUUUAGUGAGAUGUAUAUUUUUGGAAAGUUUGAAACUUUUCACCGACGUCUUGCCAAGAUAAUUGAUGUUUUUAACACCUUUGACACAUAUUCAGUCCUUCAAGAUUCCAAAAUUGAAGGGUUGGAAGACAUUAUCACUAAAUACCAGGGUAUUGUUGCCACCAUAAAGAAAAAGGAAUAUAAUGUCUUGGACCAGCGGAAAAUGGAUUUUGAUGAAGAUUAUAAAGAGUUUUGCAAGCAGAUUAAUGACCUUCAUACGGAGCUGCAGAAAUUCAUGGAUGCCACUAUUGAAAAUAUUCAGAACACAAAUCUAGCACUAAGCAUGCUGAAGAAAUUUGAGAGGUUGAACAUACCUAACCUCGGUAUUGAGGACAAAUACCGGUGGAUCCUGGAGAAGUUUGGGGCUGACAUCGAUCUGAUCUCCAAGCUGUACUCCAAGCAGAAGGAUGAUCCUCCUUUGGGGCGAGACCAGCCCCCAGUGGCAGGGCAGAUUCUGUGGGCCCGGCAGCUCUUCCACCGCAUUGAGCAGCCCAUGCAGCUGUUCCAGCAGCACCCCAAGGUGCUUCAGUCUGUGGGGGCCAAGCCUGUGAUUCGCAGCUAUAAUAGACUGGCUAAGGUUCUCCUGGAAUUUGAGGUGCUUUAUCACAGGGCAUGGCUUCGGCAGGUGGAAGAAAUUCACUUAGGACUUGAAGCUUCUUUACUGGUGAAGGCUCCAGGCACUGGUGAGCUGUUUGUGAACUUUGACCCUCAGAUAUUAACCUUAUUUAGAGAGACGGAGUGCAUGUUACAGAUGGGGCUGCAAGUCUCACCCCUCGCAGCUACUCUUUUCCAGAAACGGGACAUAUACAAAAAGAACUUCAGUGACAUGAAGAUGAUGCUAGCUGAAUAUCAGAGGGUGAAGUCAAAAAUGCCUCCCAUCAUUGAACAACUGAUGGUUCCUCAUUUUGCCAAAGUGGAUGAAGCUCUCCAGCCCGGCUUGACUGCCCUGACCUGGACAUCACUGAAUAUUGACCAGUUUUUAAAACACAGUAUUGAAAAAAUCAAGAAUCUGGAGCUGCUGCUUGACAGGAUCAAUGAUUUGACUGAGUGCCGCAUUGAUGCUGUUUUGGAAGAAAUGAGUAGAGCAUCUCUUUGUCAGCUCCCACAGGAAGAGCCCCUCACCUGCGAAGAGUUUCUCCAAAUGACCAAGAACCUGUGUGUGAAGGGUGCUCAGACUCUACAUUUUAAAAGCUCAUUAGUGGAAGAAGCCGUUAGUGAGUUGAUAAAUAUGUUGCUGGAUGUGGAAUUUCUAUCUAAAGAAGACAGAGAAAAAGUAUCCCACGUGAAUAAUGCUAAUUUGAAGAGUGAAAUUCCAGCAAAACAGGAAGGAAACUCUGACACCUUGACAGCUUCCCUUAAUGCUGGAGCUGGUCCCCUGGCUCUGGCAACAGUCACGAGAAAGAAGAAAGAGGCUGAGAUCCUGGAGGAAGAAGCUUGCGAAUUGCUCUCUCAUUUCAACCAUCAAAACAUGGAGGCUCUCCUGAAAGUCACAAAGAACACAUUGGAGGCCAUCAGAAAGCGCAUUCAUUCUGCUAGUGCCACUAACUUCCGGGACAGCAAUAGCACCACCAAGAUGAAGCAGAACAGUAAGCCUAUCUUUAGGGCCAACAUCAUUCUGGCCAUUCCCAACAUCACCAUGAUCCCAGCUCUGGAGGACAUCCAACAGACACUGAACAAAGUUGUGGAGUGCAUUGUCAGUGUCCCCAAGGGGGUGAGGCAGUGGAGCAGUGAGCUGCCAUCAAAGCGAAAGAUGCAUGAAAGAAAAAUGGCUGCUCGACAGAAUCAAGAUAGUGAUUCAGAUACUGAGAUGGGACAAGGUGAACCUCCAGAGACUGUUGAGAUAGCUUCUAUAAAUGUGCCUAUUCCAGCGCAAAGUAGGAACUAUUACAAGAAUGUUUCUGAUAACAAAGAGAUCGUGAAAUUAGUUUCUGUACUCAGCACAAUCAUCAACUCUACCAAAAAAGAAGUUAUUACAUCCAUGGAUUGCUUCAAAUGCUAUAAUCAUAUUUGGCAAAAGGAGAAAGAAGAAACCAUUAUGGAAUUUAUUCUGAAAAACCCUUUGCUUUCUGAAUUUGAAUCCCAGAUUCUUUAUUUCCAAAAUUUAGAGCAGGACAUUCAGACUCAGCCUGAAUUCAUCUGUGUGGGAGCCAUUGCCCUCUUCACAGAUGACUUGAAGUUCACCCUCACUACUGAGACAAAGGCCUGGAUGGCUGUCAUUGGUCGUCACUGUAACAAAAAAUACCGAAGUGAGAUGGAAAAUAUUUUCACACUCAUUGAAGAAUUCAAUAAGAAGCUGAACCGUCAGAUUAAAGACCUUGAUGAUAUUCGAAUAGCUAUGACGACACUGAAAGAUAUCAGGGAGCAGCAAAUAGGCAUCGACUUUCAAGUGGGGCCUAUUGAGGAAUCCUAUGCUUUGCUGAACAAAUAUGGGCUUCUGAUCGCCAAGGAAGAAAUGGACAAGGUUGAUGCACUGCAUUAUGUCUGGGAGAAGCUUCUUGCACGUGCGAGUGAGGUUCAGAACGAAUUAGUCUUGUUGCAGCCUGGUUUCAGGAAAGAGCUAAUUAGUACGAUGGAGGUCUUCCUCCAAGACUGCGACCAGUUCUAUUCGGACUAUGAGUUGAAUGGGCCAAUGGCUAUUGGCUUGAAACCCCAGGAAGCCAGUGAUAGGCUUGUCAUAUUUCAGAAUCAGUUUGAUACUAUCUAUCGGAAAUACAUUACCUGUACUGGAGGUGAGGAACUUCUGGGUCUCCCAGUCACCCAGUAUCCUCAACUUCUCGAAAUAAAGAAGCAGCUGAAUCUUCUCCAAAAAUUAUACACUUUGUACAACAGUGUCAUAGAAACUGUGAACAGCUAUCAAGAGAUCCCUUGGUCAGAAGUGAAUAUUGAAAAAAUUAACAUUGAACUUUUAGAGUUCCAGAACAGGUGUCGGAAGCUGCCGAGGGCCUUGAAGGACUGGCAGGCCUUUUUGGAUCUGAAGAAGACCAUUGAUGAUUUCAACGAGUGCUGCCCCCUGCUGGAGCACAUGGCCAGCAAGGCCAUGAUGGAGAGGCACUGGGGAAGGAUAACGGCACUCACUGGCCAUAGUUUGGAUGUGGGGAAUGAAAGUUUUAAGUUGAGAAAUAUCAUGGAGGCCCCUCUUUUGAAAUACAAAGAGGAAAUAGAGGACAUUUGCAUCAGUGCCGUGAAGGAAAGAGACAUCGAGCAGAGACUAAAACAAGUCAUCAGUGAGUGGGACAACAAAACCUUCACCUUUGGCAGCUUUAAAAGCCGCGGAGAGCUGCUCUUGCGGGGAGACAGCACCUCGGAAAUUAUUGCCAGCAUGGAGGACAGCUUGAUGCUACUGAGCUCCCUGCUGAGUAAUAGGUACAAUAUGCCAUUCAAAAGCCAGAUUCAGAAAUGGGUACAGUAUCUCUCCAACACCACGGACAUCAUUGAGAACUGGAUGAUGGUGCAGAACUUGUGGAUUUACUUAGAAGCUGUAUUUGUGGGUGGAGACAUUGCUAAGCAGCUUCCCAAGGAAGCCAAGCGCUUUUCCAACAUAGACAAGUCCUGGGUGAAGAUCAUGACUCGGGCACACGAGACCCCAAAUGUGGUUCAAUGUUGUGUGGGGGACGAAACCAUGGGGCAGUUACUGCCGCAUCUGCUGGAGCAGUUGGAAAUGUGCCAGAAGUCCCUGACAGGAUACUUGGAAAAGAAAAGACUCUGCUUCCCUCGCUUCUUCUUCGUAUCAGACCCAGCCUUGUUGGAGAUUCUGGGACAGGCCUCAGACACACACACCAUCCAGGCCCAUUUACUGAAUGUGUUUGACAACAUCAAAACGGUCAAGUUUCAUGACAAGAUCUAUGAUCGCAUUCUGUCAAUUUCCUCUCGGGAGGGGGAGAUGAUCGAAUUGGCUAACCCUGUGAUGGCAGAGGGCAACGUGGAGGUUUGGCUUAAUUCUCUCCUCGAGGAAUCUCAGUCCUCAUUACACCUCGUGAUUCGCCAGGCAGCAGAAGCUAUUCAAGAAAUGGAAUUCCAGCUGAUUGAAUUUCUUUCUUCCUUCCCUGCUCAGGUUGGAUUAUUAGGAAUUCAAAUGAUAUGGACACGAGAUGCAGAAGAGGCCCUUAGAAAUGCCAAGUUUGAUAAGAAAAUCAUGCAGAAAACCAACCAGUCUUUCUUGGAGCUCCUGAAUACACUGAUAGACAUGACAACCAAGGAGCUGGGUGCUGUGGAGCGAGUGAAAUAUGAGACUUUGAUUACGAUUCAUGUACACCAAAGGGACAUCUUUGACGACCUGUGCCACAUGCAUAUCAAGAGCCCUACUGACUUUGAGUGGCUGAAGCAGUGCAGGUUUUAUUUCCAUGAAGACUCUGACAAGAUGAUGAUUCGCAUUACUGACGUGGCUUUCACCUACCAGAACGAAUUCUUAGGUUGCACUGACCGGCUUGUCAUCACUCCCCUCACAGACAGGUGUUAUAUUACAUUGGCUCAAGCUCUGGGUAUGAGCAUGGGGGGAGCCCCAGCAGGACCUGCAGGAACAGGGAAAACAGAAACUACCAAAGACAUGGGACGAUGCCUUGGAAAAUAUGUCGUGGUCUUUAACUGUUCAGACCAGAUGGAUUUCCGAGGCCUUGGACGGAUUUUUAAAGGCCUGGCACAGUCUGGCUCCUGGGGUUGUUUUGAUGAAUUUAACCGUAUCGAUCUACCAGUUCUCUCUGUCGCAGCCCAACAAAUUUCCAUUAUUCUGACAUGUAAAAAGGAACAUAAGAAAUCUUUUAUUUUUACCGAUGGAGAUAACGUGACGAUGAACCCUGAAUUUGGACUCUUUUUAACCAUGAACCCUGGCUAUGCUGGGAGGCAGGAACUUCCGGAAAACUUGAAGAUUAACUUUCGCUCUGUGGCCAUGAUGGUCCCAGAUCGCCAGAUCAUCAUCAGGGUGAAGCUGGCUAGCUGUGGCUUCAUUGACAACAUUGUCUUGGCCAGGAAGUUCUUCACUCUCUACAAACUGUGUGAGGAGCAGCUCUCCAAGCAGGUGCAUUAUGACUUUGGCCUGCGGAACAUUCUGUCAGUUCUUCGAACUCUGGGAGCAGCCAAGAGAGCAAACCCCACAGACACAGAGUCCACCACAGUCAUGCGCGUGUUACGGGAUAUGAAUCUUUCUAAGCUGAUCGAUGAAGAUGAGCCCUUAUUUUUGAGUUUGAUUGAAGAUCUCUUCCCAAACAUUCUUCUGGACAAGGCAGGCUACCCUGAACUGGAAACAGCCAUUAGUAGGCAGGUUGAGGCAGCAGGUUUAAUCAACCAUCCUCCUUGGAAAUUGAAGGUCAUCCAGCUGUAUGAGACUCAGAGAGUUCGGCAUGGGAUGAUGGCUCUGGGUCCCAGCGGGGCAGGGAAAACCACCUGCAUCCAGACCCUGAUGAGAGCCAUGACAGACUGUGGAAAACCACACCGGGAAAUGAGGAUGAACCCUAAAGCAAUUACGGCCCCACAGAUGUUUGGUCGUCUUGAUGUCGCUACAAACGACUGGACAGAUGGAAUAUUUUCAACCCUUUGGAGGAAAACGUUGAGGGCGAAGAAAGGGGAACAUAUCUGGAUUGUUCUGGAUGGGCCUGUCGAUGCCAUUUGGAUUGAGAAUCUGAACUCAGUUCUGGAUGACAAUAAAACUCUCACUCUUGCCAAUGGGGAUCGGAUUCCCAUGGCUCCAAACUGCAAGAUUGUUUUUGAGCCCCAUAACAUUGACAAUGCUUCCCCUGCUACUGUCUCACGAAACGGAAUGGUCUUCAUGAGUUCUUCUGUCCUCGAUUGGAGUCCAAUUCUUGAGGGUUUCCUUAAAAAACGCUCCCAUCAAGAAGCUGAAAUUCUUCGCCAGCUGUACACCCAGUCUUUCCCGGACCUGUACCGCUUCAGUGUUCAGAAUUUGGAGUACAAGAUGGAGAUGCUGGAGGCCUUUGUGAUUAUGCAGAGUCUCAACAUGCUGCAAGGCCUCAUCCCUCCCAAGGAGCCAGGAGCAGAGGUGACCCCAGAGCACCUGGGGCGAUUAUAUGUCUUCUCCCUGAUGUGGAGUGUGGGUGCUGUGCUGGAACCUGAUGGCCGGCUCCGGCUGGAGAACUGGCUGCGUUCUCAGGAGAAUCAAGUCUUGGACCUCCCCUCUCUGACUGGGUUGGAAGAUACCAUGUUUGACUACUAUGUCGCCUCUGAUGGGGAAUGGACACACUGGAACACAUGUACUGAGGAGUAUGUCUACCCACCCGAUAGCACCCCAGAAUAUGGCUCUAUCUUAGUUCCCAAUGUAGACAAUGUGAGGACAGACUUUCUCAUUAAAACCAUCGCUAAACAAGGCAAGGCUGUGCUGUUAAUUGGUGAACAAGGAACAGCCAAGACUGUUAUAAUUAAAGGAUUUAUGUCAAAAUAUAAUCCAGAAAGCCAUGUGGUCAAGAAUCUGAACUUCUCUUCUGCAACCACUCCCUUGAUGUUUCAGAGGACAAUUGAGAGCUAUGUGGAUAAACGAAUGGGAACCACCUAUGGGCCUCCUGCAGGAAAGAAGAUGACUAUUUUUAUUGAUGAUGUAAAUAUGCCAGUAAUCAAUGAAUGGGGAGACCAGGUGACGAAUGAGAUAGUCCGACAGCUGAUGGAGCAGAAUGGAUUUUAUAACCUGGAGAAGCCUGGGGAGUUUACCAGUGUUGUGGAUGUCCAGUUUUUGGCAGCCAUGAUUCAUCCUGGGGGUGGACGCAAUGACAUACCCCAAAGACUCAAGAGACAGUUUUCUAUUUUCAAUUGCACGUUGCCUUCAGAUGCUUCCAUGGACAAGAUUUUUGGUGUCAUUGGGAUUGGCCACUAUUGUCCCCAGAGAGGUUUCUCAGGAGAAGUGAGAGAUUUUGUCAUGAAAGUGGUUCCUCUGACCCGCCGACUGUGGCAGAUGACGAAGAAUAAAAUGCUUCCAACCCCUGCAAAGUUCCAUUAUGUAUUUAAUCUUCGAGAUCUUUCUAGGAUCUGGCAGGGAAUGCUGAACACAACUGCAGAGGUGAUCCAGGGAUCAGAUGAUCUGUUAAGACUGUGGAAGCAUGAAUGUAAGCGUGUGAUAGCUGAUCGUUUCACAGUGCCUGAUGAUGUCACUUGGUUUGAUAAGACAUUAGUUCGUUUGGUGGAGGAGGAACUUGGUGAAGAGAAAAAACCCUUAGUGGAUUGUGGCGUGGAUGCUUAUUUCGUGGACUUUUUGAGAGAAGCCCCCGAAGCUACAGGCGAGACACCAGAAGAGGCCGAUGCAGAAAUGCCCAAAAUUUAUGAGCCAAUUGAAUCUUUUGAUCACUUGAAGGAACGUUUGAACAUGUUUCUGCAGCUCUAUAAUGAAAGCAUCCGCGGUGCUGGCAUGGAUUUGGUUUUUUUUGCAGAUGCAAUGGUGCACUUAGUCAAGAUCUCAAGAGUCAUUCGUACUCCCCGGGGCAAUGCCCUCCUAGUCGGGGUGGGUGGCUCGGGAAAGCAGAGCCUGACCAAGUUGGCUUCCUUCAUUGCUGGUUACACUUUCUUCCAGAUAACUCUGACAAGGUCUUACAGCACCUCCAAUCUGAUGGAAGACCUGAAGAUUCUGUACAGAACGGCCGGUCAGCAAGGCAAAGGCAUCACUUUUAUUUUCACGGACAAUGAGAUUAAGGAUGAGUCAUUUUUGGAAUAUAUGAACAAUGUCUUAUCAUCGGGUGAGGUCUCCAACCUGUUUGCCCGUGAUGAAAUUGACGAAAUUAAUGGUGAUCUGAUCCCGGUUAUGAAGAAAGAGCACCCCAGGCAUCCCCCUACCAACGAGAACCUGCAUGAAUACUUCAUGAGUCGCAUCCGGCAGAAUCUGCAUGUGGUCCUCUGCUUUUCGCCUGUUGGGGAGAAAUUUCGGAAUCGAGCUUUGAAGUUUCCAGCCCUGAUCUCUGGCUGCACGAUUGACUGGUUUAGCCGGUGGCCUAAGGAUGCCUUAGUUGCUGUGUCGGAACAUUUCCUCUCGUCCUAUGACAUUGACUGCAGCUUGAACACCAAGAAGGAAGUGGUCCAAUGCAUGGGCUCCUUCCAGGAUGGGGUCGCAGAGAAGUGUGUGGAUUAUUUCCAGAGGUUCCGGCGCUCCACCCAUGUGACACCUAAGUCUUACCUCUCAUUUAUUCAGGGAUAUAAAUUUAUCUAUGGAGAAAAGCAUGCAGAAGUGCAAACUCUGGCCAACAGAAUGAAUACUGGAUUGGAAAAGCUAAAAGAAGCCUCAGAGUCUGUUGCAGCCCUGAGCAUUGAACUGGAAGCCAAAGAGAAGGAGUUACAAGUGGCCAAUGAUAAAGCCGACAUGGUCUUGAAAGAAGUGACAAUGAAAGCCCAGGCUGCAGAGAAAGUCAAAGCUGAGGUCCAGAAGGUGAAGGAUAAGGCACAAGCCAUUGUAGACGGCAUCUCUAAGGACAAAGCCAUUGCAGAAGAAAAAUUAAUAGCAGCCAAACCUGCUUUAGAAGAAGCAGAAGCAGCACUCCAGACCAUCAAACCAUCAGACAUUGCCACAGUGCGCACCCUGGGCCGACCUCCGCACCUUAUCAUGAGGAUCAUGGACUGUGUGCUGCUGCUCUUUCAGAGGAAGGUCAAUGCCGUGAAAAUGGACCUGGAGAAGAGCUGCCCGGUUCCUUCCUGGCAGGAGUCUCUGAAACUGAUGACAGCGGGGAACUUUCUGCAGAAUUUACAGCAAUUCCCCAAGGACACAAUCAAUGAAGAAGUGAUCGACUUUUUGAAUCCUUACUUUGAAAUGGCAGAUUACAACAUUGAAACUGCAAAGCGGGUGUGUGGGAAUGUAGCUGGUCUCUGUUCCUGGACCAAGGCUAUGGCAUCCUUCUUUUCUAUAAACAGAGAGGUGUUACCUCUGAAGGCUAACUUAGUGGUACAGGAGAACCGACACAUCUUGGCUAUGCAGGAUCUGCAGAAGGCCCAGGCUGAGCUGGAUGCCAAGCAAGCAGAGCUGGAUGUGGUGCAGGCCGAGUAUGAACAGGCCAUGACAGAAAAACAGACUUUGCUGGAAGAUGCAGAGAGAUGCCGACAUAAGAUGCAAACUGCCUCUGCGCUGAUUGGGGGCUUGGCGGGAGAAAAAGAAAGAUGGACAGAGCAAAGUAAAGAGUUUGCCGCACAAACAAAAAGACUUGUAGGGGAUGUGCUGUUGGCUACAGCUUUUCUAUCUUACUCGGGUCCAUUUAACCAAGAAUUUCGUGAUCUGCUGCUGAAUGACUGGCAGAAGGAAAUGAAAUCUCGGAAAAUUCCAUUUGGAGACAGUCUGAACCUCACUGAGAUGUUGAUCGAUGCUCCUACGAUUAGUGAGUGGAACCUGCAAGGUCUUCCAAAUGAUGACCUGUCAAUUCAGAAUGGAAUAAUUGUCACCAAGGCAUCUCGAUAUCCGUUAUUAAUUGAUCCACAGACUCAAGGCAAGAGCUGGAUUAAAAAUAAAGAAAGUCAAAAUGAGCUUCAGAUCACAUCUCUAAAUCACAAGUAUUUCAGAAACCACCUGGAAGAUAGUCUUUCUCUGGGAAGACCUUUGCUUAUUGAAGAUGUUGGAGAAGAGCUUGAUCCAGCCCUGGAUAAUGUUCUAGAGAGAAACUUCAUUAAGACGGGCUCAACCUUUAAGGUCAAAGUUGGUGACAAGGAGGUCGAUGUGAUGGAUGGGUUCAAGCUCUAUAUUACCACCAAACUGCCGAAUCCAGCUUACACUCCAGAAAUCAGUGCUCGUACUUCCAUCAUUGACUUCACUGUCACCAUGAAAGGUCUAGAAGAUCAGCUACUGGGGAGAGUCAUCCUCACAGAGAAGCAAGAAUUGGAGAAAGAAAGGACUCAUCUUAUGGAAGAUGUAACGGCAAACAAAAGAAGGAUGAAGGAGCUGGAAGAUAAUUUGCUUUACCGCUUGACGAGCACACAAGGGUCCCUAGUGGAAGAUGAGAGCCUCAUUGUUGUGUUAAGUAACACAAAAAAGACAGCGGAGGAGGUGACACAGAAGCUGGAAAUUUCAGCCGAGACAGAAAUUCAAAUUAACUCAGCUCGGGAAGAAUACAGGCCUGUGGCUACUCGUGGGAGCAUCCUGUAUUUCCUCACCACUGAGAUGCGCCUGGUCAAUGAGAUGUACCAGACUUCGCUCCGCCAGUUCCUCCACCUCUUUGACCUUUCCUUAGCCAGGUCUGUCAAAAGCCCGAUUACAAGCAAGAGGAUUGCUAAUAUCAUUGAGCACAUGACCUAUGAGAUUUAUAAAUAUGCUGCCCGAGGCUUGUACGAAGAGCACAAAUUCUUGUUCACUUUGCUGCUGACGCUAAAGAUCGACAUCCAGAGAAACCGAGUGAAGCAUGAAGAGUUUCUCACCUUUAUCAAAGGUGGAGCCUCUCUGGACCUGAAAGCUUGUCCUCCUAAACCAUCUAAAUGGAUCCUUGACAUGACCUGGCUGAAUUUGGUAGAACUCAGUAAACUUAGACAAUUUUCAGAUGUCCUUGAUCAGAUAUCAAGAAAUGAGAAACUGUGGAAAAUUUGGUUUGAUAAGGAAAAUCCUGAGGAGGAACCUCUUCCAAAUGCCUAUGAUAAAUCUCUUGACUGCUUUAGCCGUCUUCUCCUCAUUAGAUCCUGGUGUCCUGACAGAACCAUCGCCCAGGCACGCAAGUACAUCAUGGACUCCAUGGGAGAGAACUAUGCUGAAGGCGUUGUCCUGGAUUUGGAAAAGACUUGGGAAGAAUCAGACCCGCGAACACCACUCAUCUGUCUCUUGUCUAUGGGCUCCGACCCCACAGAUUCCAUAAUUGCUUUGGGAAAGAGAUUGAAGAUCGAAACACGUUACGUGUCUAUGGGCCAGGGUCAGGAGGUCCAUGCUCGAAAACUUUUGCAGCAGACUAUGGCAAACGGAGGCUGGGCACUUCUGCAGAACUGCCACCUGGGACUAGAUUUCCUGGGUGAGCUCAUGGACAUAAUUGUGGAAACUGAAGUGGUCCAUGGUGCCUUCCGCCUGUGGAUGACCACGGAAGUCCACCAGCAAUUCCCCAUCACUCUGCUUCAGAUGUCCAUUCGAUUCGUCAAUGAGCCUCCACAGGGUCUCCGGGCAGGACUGAAGAGGACAUAUGGUGGAGUGAGUCAAGACCUGUUGGAUGUGAGCACCGUACCUCAGUGGAAACCCAUUCUCUACGCAGUGGCCUUCCUGCAUUCCACUGUCCAGGAAAGACGCAAGUUUGGUCCUCUGGGGUGGAACAUCCCCUAUGAGUUUAAUCAAGCAGACUUCAAUGCCACUGUGCAGUUCAUCCAAAACCAUUUAGAUGACAUGGAUAUCAAAAAGGGUAUCUCCUGGACCACUGUUCGCUAUAUGAUAGGAGAGAUUCAAUAUGGUGGUAGAGUCACCGAUGACUAUGAUAAGAGAUUGUUGAACACAUUUGCAAAGGUUUGGUUCAGUGAGAAUAUGUUUGGACCAGAUUUCAGCUUUUACCAAAGAUAUAAUAUUCCAAAAUGCAACACAGUGGAUAACUAUAUCCAGUAUAUCCAGAGCUUGCCUACCUAUGACAGUCCAGAGGUGUUUGGGCUGCACCUCAAUGCCGACAUCACCUACCAGAGUAAGCUGGCCAAGGAUGUGCUGGACACAAUUCUGGGCAUCCAGCCUAAGGACAGCUCUGGUGGAGGGGACGAGACCCGAGAGGCAGUGGUGGCCCGGCUAGCUGACGACAUGCUGGAGAAACUUCCCCCAGACUAUGUUCCGUUUGAAGUAAGAGAGAGACUGCAGAAGAUGGGGCCUCUCCAGCCCAUGAAUAUUUUCCUCAGACAAGAGGUGGACCGAAUGCAGCGGAUUCUCACUCUGGUCCGCAACACCUUGACUGAGCUCAAACUGGCCAUUGAUGGCACCAUCAUCAUGAGUGAGGAUCUCCGAGAUGCUUUGAAUUGUAUGUUUGAUGCACGAAUUCCUGCCAGAUGGAAAAAAGCAUCAUGGAUUUCCAGUACACUGGGUUUUUGGUUCACUGAACUUAUUGAGCGAAAUUGCCAGUUUACAUCUUGGGUUUUCAAUGGCCGACCUCAUUGUUUUUGGAUGACUGGCUUUUUUAACCCCCAAGGAUUUUUAACUGCGAUGAGACAGGAAAUAACUCGGGCCAACAAAGGUUGGGCUCUGGACAACAUGGUGCUCUGCAAUGAAGUCACCAAGUGGAUGAAGGAUGACAUUUCCAGCCCCCCCACAGAGGGUGUUUAUGUCUAUGGCUUAUACCUUGAAGGCGCUGGUUGGGACAAGAGAAACACGAAGCUCAUUGAGUCCAAACCUAAAGUGCUUUUUGAGCUAAUGCCUGUUAUAAGGAUUUAUGCAGAAAACAAUACUCCCAGAGAUCCUCGAUUUUACUCCUGCCCCAUCUAUAAGAAGCCUGUCCGGACGGACUUGAAUUAUAUCGCUGCGGUGGACCUUCGGACAGUCCAGGCCCCAGAACACUGGGUGCUCCGUGGGGUCGCACUUCUCUGUGAUGUCAAGUGAUAGCCUCGUUGCUGUUCCCAGAUCCACCAGAAAAUGAUGAAGCCAGCGAGUGAACACCUCGAUUCUUCCCUGAGUGCUCUAAAGAGUCAUGAUUAGGUUAGGUCAUGCAAUUAAUAUUGAUAUGAGUUUUGUUUGUUGCUUUGUUAGAUCCUUAAUUACAUUGAACCUGCUUCAGCAUGAAGGAACAAUCACUGUUUGUUGCAAAAGUUCUUUAGUGUCUUAAGUAAAAUUUAUAACUUCCUACUGGAGCGUGGCCCUCACACACACACAGCAAUGCAUUUUCUUCCUUCAACUCUCAAUGCUGACUCCUGUGAGCAGACAGUAUUUCCCUCCAAGGGAUUAUUGUUCUGUUAAUGUGGUUGUGGUGACAGCCUUGGGUAACAAGGCAGGUUUGUGCUGAUUCUGCUUCUCUUGCCUCUUGCAUUUAGGUCAGGCGAAGAGAUUUAUGUUCAUGGCUCAAGUGCCCAAUUAAAAAGGCCUUUUGAAAAAUAGAAGGAAGGAGAAGAAUAGGUUAAGAAUGUGAAGAGACAGCCUCCUGGGAGAUACUUAACCAGUUUCACUUAACCAUUUCUUUUGGUCCUAAUAUAUGGUUGAUUCAUAUGAAAUGUGGCAAGGCUAUCGUUUUGUUUUAAAUAAAAUUAUUACAAUAUAAAAAUGAUGCAAACUAAUACAAGCUAGGAAUGAAUGUCUGAUUUGUAAUGUGUGUGAGAUACUGUAAUUGAGUUUCU